GUAUUUUUCUGCAUUCCUUUUAUGUAUAAUUAUGUUGGAGACCAAUGCCCUAUUAAACUACAAUGUUAAAAUAUAACACAAGCUGUGGAUAUUUGAAUGUUUGAUUUCUAACGAAAUCGAUUCCUUGCAUAGUAGUUGCCAAAUUUGACCGAAAAACGGAUGUGUUUUUAAUCAUGCCCGGAACUUAAUUGUCGACAAUGUUUGCUUGUUUUAUUAAUUCGGUAGAUUUAUUCAUUCUGUUUGAAAUUCAAUGCAAAUAUAUCACAACCAAAGAGUUUCCGUCAAGGGUUGGAAAUGGUCAAAUGUGUUAAUAAAUAUUAUAAAAAUAAAAAAAAUUGAAAAAAUUGAGUGACAAUCCCUUUUAUGAAGAAGAAAAACAAAGCAUUCCAGCUAUGUUAUCUAAUCAAUCAUAAUCAUUAAUAACUAGGGUGAAACAAUGAUUUUUAACUUUUACUUCUCAACUCAGGCAUAAAACACUAUAUGCUUCACUAAGACUAACAAUAGGGCGUUUAACGAGCCCAUGAUUCGAGCGUGAUCAUGUUUCUAGCGGGUACAAUAGGCCAGUUCAACUAGAAAAUAGACAGUAUGAAGAAAAACAAUCGUUUGAUUUCUUAACUCUGAUUUUCCUUUAAGAUUUCAUUUUUGAUUUGAAUAUUUGCACAAUUUUCAAACCUUGUGUCAUGCUGAAGUGUUCAACUGGAGGUUUAAACUCUUAUCAUGUUGAACGUAAAUCAUAGAAAUUAGAACAGCAGACGACAAAAUGGCGUCUGUGAGCCUAGGAACCUUUGUGGUCGCGUGCGCAUGCGCAACUCUUGGACUGAUGAUUUCUAUCAGCUUCCUUGUCUUUCAUAUCUACCACCGGAAAAACAAAAUCGUCAAAAUGUCUAGUCCCUAUAUGAACAUGGUCACAAGUUUUGGCGCCAUUUUGUUGAGUGUCGUCUGCUUUAUGUAUGGUCUUGACUUUAUUUUGGAACAGGAACAGCGCACACGUACAACAAUAUGUCAGAUUCGUGUUUGGAUAAUAGUUACUUCAAUCACUCUUAUAUUGGGACCAGUCUGCACGAAGGCGUGGCGUGUACACAGUAUAUUCCAAUACGGGUUUGCCAAAAAAGUGGUUAUUAAAGAUUCAAAGCUUAUCACUAUCAUCGGAGGGCUUCUGGCAGUGGACCUCACGCUGAUGGCAUUAUGGCAAACUAUUGACCCGGUAUCUUCUAAAACAAAGCUCUUUGCAGAAUCGAUUGUUGCAGACGAAAAUGUUGACGUUCACGUGUUUAAUGAAACGACGAGUAUCCAAGAAUGCACUUGUGAAAAACUUCCGGUAUGGAUUAUUGUUUUGACGCUAUGGAAGAUAACUCUUAUAAUAUCGUGCCUGAUAUUUGCCUGGAAAACAAAAGGAGUUACCGUUCCUUCUCUGAAUGACUCAGCAAAUACUUUCGCCGCCAUAUUUGUCAGUAUUAUAAUUACUUUGUGCGCAACGAUGACAGCUACGUCACUGCAUAGAAGCACGGACGCCACCCGCAUAAUUGUAGCAGUGUCAAUUGCAGCAUGUAUUUUCCUGUUUCAGCUAGUGCUGUUCUUGCCAAAGGUACAGUACUGGUGGAAAACGCCGGACGAUGCGUCUCCAAGAAUAUCUAGUUCUUCUUUGAGGGAAAUUGCCAGCGCAGAAAUACCACCGUUACAUUUAGGUGAUGAGAAUGCGAACACUUACAAUGAUGAUGGUCUACUGAAUAUUGUAGAAGAAAACAAGGCUCUCAAAGAAUCAUUACUAGAGAAAGAAGAUUUAAUUUCGGCCCUGCAAGAUCAUUUAGAUCUCGCUAAAGAAAAACUAACCAAGCUACCGGCGAACCUUGGACCAAAAGCAGACCUAUCUCUUGAUUUAGACGCAGCUUCUGGUAUUUACGACAUAUUACGAUCACCCGAACAACCUCCGGAUAGAAGUGGAAUAUACCGAGUCGAAGGAACCCCGAGGAGCGCACAAAGUGAAGAAAUCAAUGACGUCACAGGAAGUCAGAAUGAAACCCAGUUUUUAACAGCAGACCCAAAAUUUAAAAAAUUGUAG